ACAGAAAUGUUGGAAAGAUAAAAUGAGGCAAAUCUGGUUAAUCAAACACUUAUUGAUAACACCAGAUUAGAUCUUAUUCGAAAUAUUCAUUAAUCAACAUGUUCUCAUAUAUCGCCUCUUUCUUUAAGAGUGCUGGUCCAGUCACUCCUGAAAUCAUUGAAACUUUGAAAUCAACUAUUGCUUCUGAAAAAGUCGUUGUCUACUCCAAAAGUUAUUGUCCUUAUUGUAAGAGUACCAAAUCAUUAUUAGAUGGAUUAGGUCAAAAAUAUAAACUCAUUGAAUUAGAUAUUGAAAAAGAUGGUUUAACUUAUCAAAAUGGUUUACAACAAAUAACUGGUCAAAGAACCGUUCCAAAUGUCUUUAUUUCUGGUAAGCAUAUUGGUGGUAAUUCAGAUAUUCAAGCUUUAAAUAACUCUGGUGAAUUGAAAGGUUUACUUGCUUAAUCUUAUGUUCAUAGAUUUAUAGUUAUGUCUUUAUAAUAUAUGUUAGGUCGUGAUAAUUCAUUGGAUAAUGUUGUAGUGAUAGCUUUUGCUGUCUUUUUGUGAUUUUGGC